AUCACAAACUUUAUUACCUACUUCAAUUUCCUGAUUUAUUAAAAUACAUUACUAAUACGAAUAGGAAUUUUUCUAUCAGUAUCGUUAUUAUUUAAAUAUUUUCUCUUCCAAAGACGAUAUGAUAGUUGAAUUGAAUUAUUGGAUAUGUUAUUUGUAAUACAGCAAUUUAUUGAGUGUUUGUUUAUUCUUGGUUUUCAUUCUAAAUCUAUAAUUUCUUCAUUACACAAAUUAGGGUAACUCCUAUACUCCUGAGAUUAUAUUUGUAGUAUAAUCUAGUUUGUGGUUAUUAUAUUGUUGACAGUAAUCUGUUGAUAUUCUCUUAAAAGUAUAACCACAAAACUUUAAUCCAAAUUUUAAAUAUAUCAAAUAACCAUGAUCCUAGUCGACAUUUAUGAUAUGGCGAGUUGGUGGACAUUAGUAAUAGCAGUCCAAGUGAUACUGGGCUCCAUGUAUUUUCUAUGGACGAAGAAGAAAUCGAAAUCCUACGAUCCUCUAUGCAACGGAAGACCCAUGGAAUGGAGUCCACAACCACUGAUCGAGCAGGAUAUUAUGAUGGAAACUCCACCGUUAAUGGGAAAAAUUGAUGAUAAAGUACUGAAUGUUGGUGCAACCAGCUUUCUUCGCUUUAACAAUGAAGAAUCUAUAAUAGAGAGUUCAUUGAAAGCCUUAGACAAAUACGGCGUGGGUUCUUGUGGACCUAGAGGUUUCUAUGGCACUAUUGAUGUACAUUUAGAGUUGGAAGAGCGAUUGGCAAAGUUCCUGGAGGUGGAGGAAACAGCGGUCUACUCUUACGGGUUUUCAACAAUAUCAAGUGCUAUACCUUCUUACGCUAAGCGUGGAGAUAUUAUAUUUGUUGAUGAAAAUGUUUGGUUCGCCAUCCAAAAAGGGCUUGAUGCUACCCGCAGCACUAUACGAUACUUCAGACACAAUGAUAUGAACCACCUUGAGGAACUUCUGUCCGAGGCGAACAAGAAAAAGGAACUGAAUUCCCGCAGACGGGCAUUCCUCGUUGCUGAAGCUAUUUACAUGAAUACUGGAGAGAUGUGUCCGUUGAAGAAACUGGUAGAGUUAGCGAGGAAAUAUAAGUUGCGGAUCAUGCUGGACGAAAGUUUAUCUAUUGGGGUGUUGGGUAAACACGGCAGAGGUAUAACAGAGCAUCUAAACAUACCCAGAGAUGAAAUAGAUCUGAUUAUGGGCUCGUUGGAGCAUUCAUUCGCAACUAUCGGCGGAUUCUGUGCCGGCACCCACUACAUUGUGGAACAUCAAAGGCUUUCUGGAUUAGGUUAUUGCUUCAGUGCAUCUUUACCUCCGAUGUUAACGCAAGCAGCUAUUACUGCCCUCGAUGUAUUAGAGGAGAAUCCGGGCGUUAUUAGUGAGCUGGAUGUGAACAGUAGGAAGCUGAACAGGGCUUUAUCAAGUUUGAAGCACUUCAGAGUGAGAGGUGAUGAGGUAUCUCCAAUAAAACACAUAUACCUGAAGGAUGACUUGACCGACCGUCUGAAGCACAGCUACCUUCGAAGCAUCACCAACUAUUGCCUCGAAAAAGGAGUGGCGUUAACACCUGCUGCUUACCUUAGAGACGCCGAGAGGAACUGUCCAGAGCCGUCCAUAAGGCUGGCCUCAAGUAGGAAACUAAAUGACGACAACAUAACGUUAGUAUGUUCGUUAUUAGACGAGGCCUAUGAGAAGGUGGGACCUAAACCUGAUUUGAGAUUACUGUAAGUUAGAAGUACAUAGUUUUGUUUAAAGUUUUAUAUGUAUUUUAAAC